AUGACAUUGCACUUCUCGUUCACAGCCGACGUCAAUUUGCUGUUAAUCCUAAUGGAUACCUCCGUGGGGGUGGCAGAACCAACUGUUACUCCUUCAGUUCAGUGGGCCACUUUCAUGAAAACGUUUUACCUUCAAGUCGCUGUUGGAGUAUUAGAUCUUUUACUUCCAUAUUAUUGUCACCCUCCCUCUCUCCUUCUCUCUCCCUCUCUCUCUCUCCCUCUCUCUCUCUCUCUCUCCCUCGAUAAUACUAUCGUCUCUUUUAUCUUUUGUCUCCUUGUCUUUCUCUCUCUCUCUCUCUUUCUCUCUCUCUCUCUCUCCCUCGAUAAUACUAUCGCCUCUUUUAUCUUUUGUCUCCUUGUCUUUCUCUCUCUCUCUCUCUCUCUCUCUCUCUCUCUCUCUCUCGACCUCACUUUCUUUCUGUUUCAUGCACACAAACGCCCUCCCACGCAGGUCAGCAGAUACAAAGAACCUGCCAUUUCCAUGAGCACUGCAAGCAGCAGGAGCAGCCAGAAACCCACCGGCAAUUCCUUGGUCGACGUUGUCAGAAUACGAAUCUCUCUCUCUCUCUCUCUCUCUCUCUCUCUCUGUUUCUCUCUUGUUUCUAUAGAGAGGAGCAUAACAACAAUAGAACAACUGAAGGGGUUGCAGCGAUGA